AUGACGCUGGGAAGUCAACGAGCGGCAGGGACGAGAGCGAUAUUGCGAGAACUCCCAGUCCCGAUGCUGGCACCUUUGGGCUCUCUGAAGGCCACAGCGAAGAUCAGGGCCAAAGUCAAGGUCAGGACACCGUUGGCGGCUCAAGUGGAGGAUCCAGACUCAAUCCUGAACCACGGCAUCCAGACCGCUGUGAGCCACCGGGCUCAGGUGGACGGCGAAGAAACGCUCGGAGACGAAAGCGCAAACAGCAGAGGGCGAGGCAGAUCCGACACCACCAACACGACAGCCUCCUUUUGGACUACGGCUUCGUCGUCGAACUCGAUACCUGCCAUCACAUUCAGCGAGAGCAGCAGUCCUGAUCCUGGCCACGAGGAUAUCGAGGAAGCUGCAAGUUGCCCAAUCGAAGCGGCCAUUGAAGCCGAAAUCGCAGCACAGGCACAGUCAGGCUCAGGCAUAGAGCCAAGUCUAGGUUCCACCAUUGAGGGGGGCUCGGCGUCAUCGGGUGCCUGGAAAGGCGCCUCAAUCCACUGGCCCGGGGCCAAGAUCGGCAUCUUCAACAUCAGCAUCAUCAUCAUCAUCAGCGGCAGUGGUGGCAGCACUACCAGCACAAGCACCACCGGCACCACCACUGCCACUCCCGGUAUCAGGGAGAACAGCCGGAGUGGACCAUCCAAACCAUCAUCAGAGGGACCCGCGGCUGAUAACAGUAAGUUCCCUCUCGGCCAUUUCAUUAGCCACUCUGGCUGCCUCUUCUCAGCCAUUCCCGCCCGGCACCCACCAACAACCCACCAACACCCACCCAGCACGCAACCUGUCUACCCACUCCGUUACCUCCCAUCCAAUUAUCCCCUCCAUUCCGCUCAUUAUCGUUUUUUUCUUUCGCAAUCAUCACCUCAAAAUUCUCAUGCAUGUCCACCGACGUAUGAGUAG